AUGGUCAGAAGAGAUCUGAUUGUCCAAAGAUCUGUUGAUGAAAACCAGAUGAAUUCGGUCUGUGAUGUUCUGCCUUUGCUGAGAGAAGUGGGUCUGCUGAAGACUGUCACUGCCAUAUGUCCUUAUUCAAAGCUGCUCACCUACGAAUUUUACUGUAAUCUCAAUGAUGAGAUGGAUAAUUUGUCUGGGGUGCGUCCAAUGCAGAUUUUCAUUCGUGGGAAAUGGUAUGUGUUUGGCCCUGACAAGAUUAACGAGUACUAUGGUCUGCAAGGAGUCCAAGAGGAAGCUAUCACUGACUGGGAUGCAGUGGCCAAAACGAUCACUGGUGGACAAGCUGACAGAUGGCCUACUGGUGAUAAGGAUACUCUACCUAGCUCUCAGCUCACCUCCAAGUAUGUGAUUCUUCAUCGUCUUGCUCUGCAUAACUGGCUCCCUUCGGCGCAUUUCCACACUGUCGGCAAGCAACUGGCUAGUCUCUUAUUCAGAAUUGGAACCAAGAUGUCCUUUAAUCUUGGGUCGUGGAUCUAUUAUCAUAUUCUCACUCUGAUUCACCCGAGAGAACAAAAGGUACGGUUUCCCUUUCCUAAUUUGAUCUUUGGAAUUCUUACAUCUCAGGGCCUUGAGCCUAUGGCGAGUGAGGUGAUCAGUCCGACCCUUCUCUACACGGUUGACCGGCGUCUAUUGACUGGAGAUCAUAUAUGCGAUGUUACACCGGUGACUGCCCCCUCCAAUCCUGAGACUGAUACAGUGGCGGAUGACUCACCACAUGCACGAGAUCUUCAACUCUCUAUCCAAUUGAAGGCGAGAGUCUCUGAGCUCGAGACAGUUCAUGGCAUAAUCGCUAAACAGCUAACAGGGGCUCGCACGGAAUUGGCCAUUGUUCUUCUUCGUUUAAGCCUAACUGAGGCCACUGCUGCUGAUCCUGUGAAGUCUGACAGUGAGACUCUCUCCAACGCUUGA